AUGCAAAAGGAUCAAUACCAUCACUACAUUCCAAGAUAUAUUCUUCGAAAUUUUUCUAUUAAUAAUUAUGAGAGGAUAUUUACGAAUAAUAAAAAACAAUCUGUGAGCAAUGAAAAACAAUUCAGAAAGCAAUUUAAAAAGAAGAAUAAAGAAGAGGCUCUUCUUCAAGUUUUUGAUAGAGCAAAAAAUCAAUUAAUAGAAAUUAAGCUGUCUGAUUUAGAAAGGCGAGCAUCAAAUGUUAUCCGCGAUAUUGUAAAUGCAUCUCAAAAAGAUUGUCAAGUUGUUUUGUCUAGUAAUGACCUUGAUGAUCUACGAAAGUUUCUCUUUAUCAUGGAUUAUCGAAAACCUCAUCGAUUGUCUCAAUUUAUCAAUGAAGAUUUUGAUAACAAUACUAAGCCAUUAAUGGAAAAAUUUUUUAAAAGAUUCAAAAUUAAAAUGCCCUAG